AUGAGCUUUACAACACGUUCGAGCGCAAAAACCGAGCGUGCGCACAAGAGGGAUCCAAUAGGCUCAAUUGCAAUAUAUUGUACGAAAGAAAAUAAGCUGGGUGGGGGAGAGAGAAAUCAUUUCCCCCUCACAUACACAGUGAGCAUAUCGCAAAGCCGGUGAGGCGAUUUUCUGUUUUUUUAGCGCCGAGGCAAUCGGGCUGAUUAGACAACUGGCGCUGGAGGCUCUCCGUGCGUUUUGUGCUAGACCUCGUCUGUACGCGUUUGACUUUCUGCCGGCUGUAGUUACUCGGGUAGCAAUGGGACCAUAGCGGACACACUUAAUGUGAAUUAAAAAAAGAAGUAACUAAGCACAAAAAAAACAAAAAACAAAAUCGAGAAUCACGGAGUAACCAUGGGGAAGCGAAGAGGACAUUUAUAACUUGGAAAAAAAAAAACUGCAAGGAUUUAUCACUUGGAUUAUUAUACGUUACUGUAACAUAGAAGUUAAAUAAAGAAAAACAAUUGAAAGGGAUUUACCCCUUUUUUGUGUUUUGGUAUAUUGCUACACCCAAGUAUGGACGACAGGGAGACAAGAUUUAAUUCAGGAUGCUGGAGACUGGUGAUGCUGUCCAGCUUUCUCCUUCUGCACUCGAUUCCUUUGUGUGCACAUGGAGAAACCUUGGGGCCCAACAUCACAGCCAUGGAUGACAAGGUGAACUCUUCCUCGCUGCCAAGCGGGGAGUCUGAGCAGGCGGCCGCCAUCACCAGCUCUGCCCUUCCUUUGUUCCCGAGCCUCAGGGCGGUCCGCAUGCCCCGGGGCGGGGAGGAGGUGGGCAGCGGCAUACUGGGAGAAUCCGAGAUCAGCUCCGAGUCCGCGGAGAAAGACCUCCUGCUGAAGAUUCCGUCGGAGGGCGUUGGGGCCGGCCUGCCCACCCUGCCUGCCCCCAGCCGCCCCACAGACGCCCAGCCUGACUUCAGAGACGAGGAGCGCACCGAGCCCCCCUGGCAGGGUACCGAAGGCGGCCCGGAUGUCGCCAUGCUCGACCUGGACCACCGGCCCCGCCCCAGCAGCCCUCCGGCGCCCGCCCCCGCCCAGACCGACGUCCUCACCGUGGACUACAUCGACCCGGCCUCCCGCCACCGCGACCCGGGCCCCCCCUCCCCCGAGCCGGGCGCCCGCGAGCUCCAGGGAGGCGAGUCCUGGACCCUGUCCGAUUUCUACUACUACGACAACAAGGACGACGGCUUCUCCACCACCGAGGUGUACCCCGAGACCGACCAGUACACCACGGUGGACAUGGAGGACGAGAACAUCAUGCUGCUGACCACCACCCGCGCCUCCGUGCCCUUCGACCCCCGCCGCCCAGGCUCCCUCCUCCCAGAGGACGUACUCCCUAGCGGGGAGGACGAGGGCCCCCCUCCUGCCCCGGGGCUGGUGGACGGUACCAACGGGUCUGACUGCCGCCUGGGCUACGUUAGGACCAACAACAGCUGUCGCUCCCCCUGCGACCUGUUCCCCGACUACUGCUUCAAUGCGGGCCAGUGCUACCUGGCUGAGGGGAUCGGCGUCUUCUGCAGGUGUAAUGCCCAGGACUAUAUGUGGCACAAGGGCUCCCGGUGCGAGGCGGUGAUCACGGAGUUCCAGGUGAUGUGCAUCGCCAUCGGAGCGGCCGCCCUCAUGGUGCUGCUGCUCUUCAUGAUCACCGUCUUCUUCGCCAAGAAGCUGCACCUGCUCAAGACCGAGAACAGCAAGCUGCACAAGCGCAGCAGUAAGUAUCGACCUCCGUCGGAGCAGCACAAUGAUAAUUUCUCUCUGUCCACCAUCGCUGAGGGCUCCCACCCAAACGUAAGGAAACUGUGUGACACCCCGCCCACCCUUCCUCAUGCGCGUGCUUUGGCUUACUAUGAUAACAUUAUCUGUCAGGACGACCCUAACUCCCAAAACAAGCUGGAGGACCCCGUGAAGGCUCCCCCACCCAAGGAGGAUGAGCCGCUCAACAUCCAAAACUCGCUCACCCCCAAACACGACAACAACCACCUGGCCAGCGAGGAGAACUCCUCGGAGGUAAACUCGCUGCAGAAUAACAUGAUGUAGUACCACCGCCCGCCACACGCAGGCGCCACCGUCUCCGUCCCCCACCGCCGCCGCUGCUGCUGCCACGUCACGUCACGUCACGUCACUCCAGAACGCCCACAACCGCCGGCCGCCCCGAUACCCCCUCUCCCCCCCCUUCGCCGCUGUCUCCCGACUCCCCCCGCUCUGACCCCAAACCCUGCCCUGUCCUUCUCAAUACUGGCAUGCGUUGGUGUAUUUUGUACAAAUGGAAAAAAAAAAGAAAAGAUUUAUGAACAAAAAAAUAAUGUUACAAUAAGAAAGUGAAGAUAAACUCCUGAGAGAUUUUGGUGUUUGUUUCAGUGAGUAUAAGUAUCAAUAUAUGAAACAAAAAUGCUUGGAUUGAUAUAUAUAUCUAUAUAUAUAUACAAAAACACAAUGUGUCUUCAAUUUAAUUGAUGUGAUUUCUAAUCCUUUGAUGUAUUUGAGGUUUUUUUGUACUUUUUUGGGAAUACAAAGGAAAACAAAAAGAUAUCAGACAGUUGUUGAAAUAAAGCUUUUUAACAUUAAA